AUGCUUUAUUUCCAGGUGAAGCCAUGGUACGAAAAGGCCCCAGAGAAGAAGAAGGGUCCUGAUAUUUCCGUAAGCUCGGAAAAUACGACGUCAAAAACAGAAGUCAUAAGGAAACGUAUCAAGGACGCGGACAGCAAGAAGCAUAAGAAACAUAAAAAGCACAAACAUGGCGCAGCGGAGCGGCAUCGCAAAAUGAGUGAAAAAAAGAGACGAAGACAUCAUAGUUCUUCAGAAAGUUUACUCAAUGAGGAAUUAGUGGUUGUAGAAGAAGCUGCGAAAAAGCAAAAGUUGGAAAAAUUGAGGCAAGAGCGGCUGGAAAGAGAAGCAAAAGAGAGAAAGCGUUUAGCAGAGCUCUUGACGCCGGCCGAAAAUAGGGCGAAUGAGGCGAAGUUGGCGCCGAAGUACAAUUCACAGUUCAAUCCUGAACUAGCAAGACAGAACCGACCUCGUUGA